AUGCCGGAGCAACAGCGCAGGCAAGAGCCAGAGUCCACGGGUUCGGGCUUCAAGGGGGCCCUCCAAGGUCUCGGUCUCUUUUUACUCAUCCAAUUUGGUAUGAGCCAAUUUUUUGGCAGCAAGCAGAAUGCGAACACCAAUGCUGGCGCCAGUGCGCCAAGUGCUGUGCCUGCCUUCGUCGAUCGACCCCAUCCGAGCGAGAUUGCCGAGCCCAGCCUCGUUCCUGAUCUCAUUGCCCCGAUCUGGGCCCCCGACAGCGCCGUCGACAUUAACAUCUACGUGACUCCAUCGAUCGCGGUUCCUUCCUUCAAAUCUGCGGCUGGUGAGCUGGUGAUGCAGGAAAAGAACUUCACGAUUGGAAACUACAGCGACACGCGUGAGAUCGAUACCAUCAUCCAGGUCCCGAAACAGGUCCAGCACAAUGGAACUUUGUGGGCUCACUUCUUUGUCGCUCGCACUGGGUACCAGCUAGAUCCGGCUGCCAAGGAUUAUAGCUCUGAUAACGCGGUCUAUUUCCCUCGGCCACUGAACCAGUACCUCCCCAAGAAGAAGGCAAAGAAGUUGAAGAAUCUCCUGUCUGGACCUGAGGAAGGAGAGCAGGAAGAGGAAGACGAUGGUACCCCGGAUGUUCAGAUCGUUUCUUACUAUCACCCCAACUUUACCGUUUCUAUCAUCCCAGACUCCGGUAUAUUGAAAUUUUCCCAGGUGCAGCCUGCUGUUCGACAGUAUGUCCAGUUGGAACGCACUGGCGCACGCGACGCCAGUGGCAAGCAUGGAUGGUACUACCCAAUUCUUUUCUUGAACACUUUUUGGCAGCUUAAAAGCCACAUGAGAGAGCUGAAUUCCACCGUUGAGAAUGUUCCGCUGCGUAUUACUCUUGAUAACAUGGCCAACUGGAAGUUCAACAUCUUGUCAAGUAUUGACGAGGGUUCGAAACACAGCGCUCGCCAGGCUGCAUAUGGUGGCCCGGUUCCUGGCGGUGGCGAUGGCACGGAAUGGGAGAUGGUUAAGGAGAUCCUGCUUGACACCAACAUCUAUCUCCUGGGAACCACUGGUAUUGUUACUAUCCUGCACAUGAUUUUCGAAACCUUGGCGUUCAAGAACGAUAUUUCCCACUGGCGCAAGAAGAAGGACGUUGUCGGUACAUCUGUGCGGUCGAUCCUGGCCAAUGUCUUCAUGCAGGGUGUCAUUUUCUUGUACCUAAUGGACAACAGCGAGAACACAUCAUGGAUGAUUCUUGCCAGUCAAGGUUUUGGAAUCUUGUUAGAAGCGUGGAAAAUCACCAAGUCCGUCGACGUCCGUUUGCGCCCGCCGCCCACCGGCUCGUUCUUUUCGUUCUUGCCUUAUGUCAUUGUGUUCGAGGACAAGCAUAAGCUCACCGAGACUGAGAAGAAGACCCAAGAGUAUGAUGAGAUUGCCUUCCGCUAUCUCUACAUCGUUGCGGUUCCAUUGCUUCUUGCCUACGCUGCUUACAGCCUGAUGUACAACACCCACAAGUCCUGGUACUCGUACAUUAUCGAGACCCUUGUAGGAAGUGUAUACGCCUAUGGCUUCCUCAUGAUGGUUCCCAGUCUGUACAUCAACUACCGCCUCAAGUCUGUGGCCCACAUGCCCGGCAAAGCGCUCACGUACAAGUUCCUGAACACUUUCAUUGACGACCUCUUUGCUUUUACUGUGAAGAUGCCCUGGCUGCACAGACUGGCCACUCUUCGUGACGAUGUCAUCUUCUUCAUUUGGUUGUACCAGGGCUGGAAGUACAAGGUUGACUACACUCGCGUCAACGAAUUUGGCCAGGGAGGUGAUACUGACGACGAAGAUGAGAAUGGUAAUGAGCAUACUGAAAAACCAACGACCACGAACGAGGCCUCGGAUGAGCAAUUAGCUGCCGCGCAGCCCACUGCUACGCAGAGCUCUUCAAAUGCCAAGUCCAAGCCUGCCCGCAAGCGCAAAUGA